AUGGUCUCUGCUGCGCUGAAUGGCCUCCGUCGGUGGACGCUGAGACAGCUGCAGCCCGUGUACGAGGAGCUGGCAGACGAGGAGCGCAUGGACGAAGAAAGAAAGGAGGAGGAGCUGAGCGAAUCCAGCCUGUCUAGCCUGUCCAGCAGCAACUCGAGCGCACCCGAAUACGCACCAGGGGGUCAGAGAGAGCUGAGCCCAGCGACGACCGCCUUUCGCCUGAUCACCUUCAUCCCUAUCCUGACAGUCCGGCUAUUGCACACCGGCCUGGUAUUCCUGACCGAGCCGGCUCGACGACGGGCUUCCCGAUUUCAAACCGGCUGGCCACCCAUCCACGACAAGCUCGGCUUUCUCAUCGUAUUCGUGCCGUCCUUCCUCCAGCCGAGCGGUCCUGGUUCCGCACGGAAACUGCACCCUUCUGCAUGGCUUGACGGCCUUCGGGGCAUUGCAGCAUUUCUCGUCGUCUGGCACCACGCGAGCCUCCUCUGGUUUUCCUGGAGCAUCCACCGGGGCUACGGCAGCUCCGAAAACGACAACCGGCUGAUUCAGCUGCCUUUUCUGCGACUUGUCGUGUCCGGCCGCCCGCAGGUGGCCAUCUUCUUCGUCGUCUCGGGCUAUGCCCUCAGCUACAAACCGCUCAAGCUGGCGCGCCAGGGUCGCCACAGCGAGGCCGGUGAGGCCAUCCACUCGUCCGUCUUCCGCCGCCACCCGCGGCUUUUUAUCAUGCCGGUCGUCGUCAGCUUCGUGGCUGCCCUGAUGACGCAAUGGAACUGGUACGGCACUUCGGACCAGGGCUGGACCGGCGUGGCGGCACCCGUGCGACGGCCGCCGCGACCGGGCACGCUGUCACGGCAGUUGCUCAACUGGGCGCUCAACGUAAAGUAUCUGACGAGCCCGCUGUCGCGCGAUAUGCAACGCGGCCGCCCUUUUGCGUAUGACAACAAUCUCUGGACGCUGCCGGUCGAGUUCGACUGCUCGCUCGUCAUCUUCCUAUGCCAGGCCGCCUUCUGCCGCCUUCGCCCGCAGGUCCGGAUGCUUCUCAUGGCCGGCAUUGUCUGCUAUGCCCACAGCUACCUAUUCUGGGAGAUCUUCCUCUUCUCCGGCGGCAUGCUUCUCUGCGACCUGCACUUUCACUUGGACGGGACAGGAUCUUCUGGCAGCAGCAGCAGCAACACUGCUUCUGAAGCAGCCGUUCCUCCGGUCAUUUCUGCCCGUAAUCGCCGACAACUUCGCAACGCUGUUAGCAUCUUCUCGUUCGCCACCGCCCUCUUCAUCCUCUCCAUCCCCGACGACAACCAGGGUGGACCACACACCCCUGGAUACCGGACGCUGUUCUCCAUGGUCACGGACGUGUAUCGACUGCGCAAUGAGCGUGAUAACUUUUGGAUCCCGCCAGCUGCCGUGCUGCUCGUCUGGACAAUCGACCGCACACCCUUCCUGCAGCGCCCCUUCAACUCCGCCUUUGCCCAGUUCUUAGGCACCAUCAGCUACAGCAUGUAUCUGGUACAUGGCCCGCUGAUCUGGACUGCCGGCCACUGGCUCGUGUGCCACACAACGGCUCUCACAGGCACCGACACGGACUUCCGCUACGGCCUGGGCAUCGCUCUGUCUGCUCUGGUUUUGUGGCCAAUCAUCAUAUAUCUGGCUGAUCUGGUAACGCGCACAGUGGACGUGCGUGCUGUCAGCUUUGGCCGGUGGUUGUACGAGCGAUGGGUGGUUAAGGAACCUGAACCCAUCAUUACGCGGCCGAUUUCUUAA